AUGACUGCCCUUGUCCAGCCGCCGUCCACAGACACCACCACCUGGCGCGUUGUUGUCGAGCGCCGCGGCACACAUUACCUUUACCUGAUGCGCAUGUAUGCCCACCUUCACACCUCCGUCGUGAUGGCAAGAACCCUGGCAAUAUACCACCAGAAGCAGCCAUGGUGGUCAUAUUGGCUCUGCCAGCCCGUCGUGGACAUGGCUACUAUAUUGCGCUCCAUCGACAGCGAGACCCAGUCCGGCGAUGGGCAGGAAGUCCUCGUCACGAGGCGCACUCCGUCGAGCCUGGCCUUGGCCACCCAUCACUUAUCAACUAUUAGCUUCACAGCUCCACUCAGACCAGGUGGCUCUCCCAAGGCGAUCCUGCUCCGCCCCAAGUUCACACAUAUCGGCCUGGGCCUUAUCGCUAUGGUAGUCUUACUGGCCAUCGCGGCGCCGGGGGUGCUCCUCGGCGUGAUGGUCGGGGAGGCGGAGCUGGGGAUCACGUUGUCGGCCACGAUUGCUGGGACGUUCGCCCUGUCGGACCCGAGGUGGAGGGAGAUGAACGACAUUCUCAAGCGCCUGUUGGAGAUACUCAUCAAACAUGAGCUCAUGCGCGAAAAUGCACGGCAAAAGGUUGGCGAGCCACCCGCCAACGAGGACCAAGUCUACAUCAUGUGGCGCUACCUUGGCCUCAUCAUUACCCAGAUGCACGACUUCCCACCGCAGCUCCAGGCCAGCCCCCGGUGGAGCCCGGAGCUCGAGGACUUCUGGGAGGAAGAAAUGCUCGGCAAGGCGAAGUGGGCCGCGCGAUGGUUAUCUCGCGACGGGGACCGCGACCCCACGGUGAGGGCCAUGAAGCGCACCAUGUGUCCACGUUACGCCGGACAAGACCAUGAUUUCGGUGACGAGGUCAACUAUUUGGCUAGAAUGCUGCGACGAAUCACGGGCUAG